AUGGCUGCUUGGCACUUGCGCGCUACCCUUGCUUUGCCUUCCCUCCCAAACUACAGGGCCCUCCCUCGCCCACCCGCCCGCCCGCCCGCCUCCCUCCCUCCCGUGGCCGAGUCCAACGUGGCAACGGAUGUUUAUGCUCUUCUGCGGUAUGCACCAACACCCGCCUGCUUGGGAGCUUGUCGCCUCUGCCAGGUCACGAGGCCCGCCCGACAUCUCUUCGACUCUUCUUCGACACUGAAUCAUUCCAACUUGGCCGCUGGCAUCCAACAGGAUCUCGGCCGAGCAUCUGCGAGAUAUGUUGAAUGCGGACUAGUCUUCCAGGUUCCUGGGAACGAGAAAUGCUACCUCGUCGAUUAUACAACAUCUGUUUUGCUGCCUGCCAAUUUAUACAUGCUACGCCAUAUAUUGAACGUCAUGUGUGCUAUGCAAUACCAACCAUCCUGCUGCUGCUCAACAGCUUCCAUGCGCCUUUCCGCCAAUCACGAUGCAUCUACCUUGAUAAGCGCCCCGAGUUCAACGGGAAAGAAGUGCGCAUUCUUCUUUCGCUCACGCUCGACGUGGAGAAUAUGUGCCACGAAAAUGGGCUUAAUCUAUCCUACGGCCUGGCGGCACGCAAUCGACAUGCAUCUGCGUGCGUGGUUCGCAGCGCACGGAAUUCUGUCAUCUUGGUUCAAACGGACUCCAUCUUGUCACAAGAUCACUUGUCAGCCCACACAUGUCAGCCCAGGAGCCAGGCGAGUUCCAUCCGUCGACUUCUCAUCGGCUACCACCAUCGCGGUACUGGAGUUCGUGGACCCGUCCUUGCAGAACUUGUGCUCCCACCCGCUUCAGACGCUGUCAUACGUCGUGCCUUGUCACCUCGUCAUGCUAGACGUUCGGUCGGCCAGCAUAAGCAAUGUUACGUUGAAGCAUAAUUAUUGCUCGAUUGUGCCAGCAUGGUCAAAGAUUGGACGCCCAAUGGAUAGCUUCGUAGCUCGAAACGAGUAUCACAAUAGAGUGCCUUUACGAAGCCCGACAAAUUCUGACAGGAUACCAAGCGCAUUGAUGAAACCGACAUAUCUUCAUCUUCCGCCAUGUCUCAUGAUAACAAUCCCAAACAACAGCAGACAUAAUGAGGCUUACCCAACUCGUGCCAGUGUGACCUCGACGGAACUUACGGUGACUGGCAAGAACCACUCGAGACCAUAUCCAAUUAACACCUUUCCUCUCAGGGCGAUGCGAGCGUACAUUCAUUUUGUGCGCUGA